AUGGCGACCAUGAUCCCAACCAUCUUCUCCGAACUCUACACCGUCGCCCUCUUCUUCUCCAGCCUUCUCCUCCUCAAAUUCCGGGUCCUCCUCCGCUCCUUACCCGGGUCGGACCGCCCCGCGGCCCAAUUCGACCAGAAUCGAGUCAGCUCAAUCGAAGCCAAGUUCCCGGCGGUCCCCUACUACUCGGGCCCGAAAUCAGCGGCGGAAUGCGCGGUGUGCCUCUCGGACUUCUGCAGAGGGGAAAGCGUCAGGACGCUGAGCUGCAAACACGUGUUCCACCGCGACUGCCUCGACAGAUGGCUGACGUCGCCGGCGGGUUUGGCAGUGCCGUCUUGCCCGCUUUGCCGAACCCGGCUGGCUCUGCCGGCGCCGGAGGAAGGGAAGGGGACGGCCGCGGCGGUGGACGAUUGCGGUGGCGGUGAGUGGGGGCGUCGGGAGAUGUUGGCCUUGCUGGCUAAGUUCCGCGAAGAAGGCAGCAACGUACGACGACCGAGAUGA